GCCCAUUUCUCACUUCUGCAGUCUGCACACCAAAGGUUCUAGCCUCCACUCCUACACGCCCACGAGUCUGCACUUUUAGCAACCAUAAACCUCAUCUCUCGUCGCACCUUAUCCCAUUCUCAUUCUGACACGACUUUGCUUGACCCAGCCCAACCAUCAACCAGAACCCAUUCUUGUCCCAUAGGAUCUCCCCUCAGCCAUUGUGCUUAUCUGUCACUGAAUUUCUUCACAAUCCACGAUUUUUUGUCCUCUUCAGUCGCCCCAAAUCCAUCGUGACUCGGAAAGCCUACUACCACUACCACUGCCACUACUACUAUUAAACUACUAACCCUUUGAUCUCCACUGGCCUACUGCAAGCCGCUUUGCGGUUAUAUCCUGCUGCCAUGAUGCCCAACACAUCUUGGAGCCAGGCUGCUGGCAUACCACAUGCAUAUGCAUCGUAUUCUCCUGCACCGAACGCCGCCCCAGCCUACACCUCUGUCUCAGUUCGGCAAUCUUUUGGGCCUGUAGCUUCCGCCCAGCACUCUUAUUCCCCAUCACAAGGAACCUCUUACCCGUCACAUCCAGGAGCCACAUCCACAACUACCGAGACAGCCGCUCAACCGACUGAGCAAUCCAAAAAGAUUGACUGGCCCCUUUCCGUUCGACAAUAUGUUGCUAGAUCUUUCCUGCCUGACAAUAUGGACCAUACCGUUGAUCGUACCGAGAUGGAGGCCAAGUUGAAGGAGACGAUCUCGAAUGCUCACCAAACCGGUGUUAUGUACACUACGGAUUGGGAUAAAUACCCCCUCCCCCAGGAGCUGAUCAAGCAAGAGCGCCUGGCUUCAUUAAUGUCCACGACGGUAGCUCUCCCCAACACGACAUGGAAUGUUGCAACCCCUACACAGAAGAAGAGGAAGUCCAGCGACAUGUCCUCGGAGGGCCUGCCCGGCGCUACGGCGCCAUGGCAGUCAGCCAAGAGCAACCCGCUUGAGAGUCGUGUUUCCUAUCAAACAACCGACAAGCGUCCUGCUCCCGGAGCAUCGUCAAAUAAGGCUGCUAUGAGUAAGUUCCAAAAGCAGCUGGAGAAGCGUCAACGCCGAUUCGAUGGAGGCUACAAGUCAACAUACCGUUCUCCUAGCCCGCCUCCUUCAGAUGGGCCUAUUGUCGGCACAUGUCAAACGCUUGAAAAGCGCUACCUCCGUCUGACCGGGCCACCCGUCAUUUCUCAAGUGCGACCUGAGCCGAUCCUUCACCAAACCCUUGACCUGCUGAAGAAGAAGUGGAGGAAGGAGUCCAACUACUCAUAUAUUUGCGAUCAGUUCAAGUCCUUGCGCCAGGACCUCACCGUGCAACACAUCAAGAACGAGUUCACCGUUUCCGUAUACGAGAUCCACGCGCGCAUUGCUUUGGAAAAGGGGGAUUUGGGUGAGUAUAAUCAGUGUCAGACUCAGCUCCGUGCUUUGUACCAGCUGGGUCUGAAAGGCAAUCCCCUCGAGUUCAAAGCCUAUCGUAUUUUGUAUUUCAUUCAUACUGCCAAUCGUUCAGCCUUGAACGACGCUAUGGCAGAUCUAACCCCAGCAGAAAAAGAAGAGAGGCCUUUGAAACAUGCCCUCAACGUGCGCUCAGCCUUGGCCUUGGGCAACUACCAUCGAUUCUUCCAGCUGUACCUGGACACGCCAAAUAUGGGCGCCUACCUGAUGGAUAUGUUUGUUGGCCGUGAGCGUCUUGCAGCUCUGUGUAACAUCUGCAGAGCGUAUAAACCUGAUGUGAACCUUCGAUUCGUCACCGAAGAACUUGGUUUCGAAUCCGACGCGGAGGCCGUGCAAUUUAUUAUUGACCAUAAUGGCCAAGAUCUGCUCGAAGAGCGGCCCGAUUACAUCGCCUUUGCUACCGGCAAGGCUGGUCAGCGUUUCGAGGCCUUGAGGGCAGAGGCUUUCCGUAGAGUCGAUAUCAAAGGCCAAAUAUGAUGAGGCUAGCUAUCACAUCUGCCUGUUAUUCUUACUUGACUUUUUUUCACUCCAAAGUCUAUAAUUUCAAACAACCAAGCAAGCAUUGGCAUGACGGUUGGUUAUCAUGCACACAUCCACGCUGGUCGCAUAUUCAGCCGGUUUAAUAAGAUCCUCUGAUUUCCACGAUGGUCAGUGGAAGAAGGACGAUAUUGAAGCUCUCGGUCUGUUCCUCGGCUUGGUCCAUGGUACAGCAAGCCCCGAUAACAAAAAGAGGCUGGAAUUGGAUUUUACAUGAAUAUUAAUGAAUGUUGUCUGCGGACUAAGUCGAGGGAUUGGACUCGAGGGUUUCCCAAGCUCCUUGAAAUUGGAGUAUCGACGCAGGGCUUGGUUUCAGGCGUCAGCCAGCCUGCUCUAAGCGACAACGACGGUUUUUCUGCAAGUCGGGGGGACAAAGUCGUGCAUCUCUCGGGUUAGACACCUUGCCAUCACCAUUGGGCCUGCAACUCGACUCGUGGAGCGAGGUCAUUUGGCAGUACUGCAGUUUGCUGGGAUUGAACUGGGCUAAGAUCAUGUUUUACAGCGUUUUUCUUUUUUUUUUCUUCUUUUUUUUAACUGUCUUCUUUUUCUUCUUCAAUUUCCCAGCAACAAGAGAGCUAGUCGCCUCCUGCGUGCAUUUGCGUCUUUCUUUUUUUUUUUUUUUUUUUUUUGGUCAGGUGUUUUCACUGGCGUUGGGGACACUUGGGGGAUACUCUGUCUUGGUAGCAGUUUUAUUACGACUAUACCACAAACGAAUACCCGAUUCUAUCACAUGUUAAACUACGUAUUACGACGCGGGUCACGUCAUGCAGUUAUAAGGGGUGGCAAUGGACCAAGACAAGAAUAGUCACGAAUGACGGCAUAUCACAGGUCAAAUAGGUGUCUUGCGGCACACCGUAAGCCAGGACCCUUUUACAGGGGAUGAGGCUUGGGAUAGCCCCGUGAUGAUCAAGAACGUUCUUUUCUUCCAAGUGUGGACCACCGAGCCCGGGCCCAGAAAAAAAACACGUCAAAAUAAAAUCCUAGGCAAGUGACAGUUCGUCGGGGUCCUCGUCGAUUUGCGCGACUCUUGAAUUCCGGAGACGCGAAGGGUUUCAAGUAGUGACGUUGGAGAUCGGAAGGCUUGGAUCCGACCUUCCUCGAGACCCAGGCAUGAACUUGUAUUAUGCGCGGGUCUCGAAAGGGUCUGGAGUGAUAAGCGGCACAUAAAGUAUGGGGUAUUAAGCUUGUAAUGCCUUGAAGAAUAUCUUUGCAUUAAACCUAGUCCACUUGUUGUUAAUCCUUCAUGUACUUCGGUUGCGAUAUUAUGUCAAGGACCUAUACUGUAUAUUUGGGCACGAUUAAAAAUAAACAAAAAAGAAAAAAACGGGUCCAGUAUAUUCUAUUCAUGCAUGACUGCUCGCCCUUGAAGAAGGCGAAAUAUAAAGAGCAGUUUUUUGCCAAGAAAUCGGACU